AUGAACACCACGGCUUAUUCGCCCUACCAGGUCUCACACGGAUUCUGGCCCUUUUCUACAUGUAAUAUGAAGCCCCUGGAGCUCCCAAUUCAUCCGGCAUUUAUACAUCAUCCUUAUCCCAAUUUUAAUGUGCAGUGUGUAAACUCUGAAUCGACACCGAACACGACAGUCCGUAAUAAGUCCGACUCGUUUACCAUUGACGCCAUCCUGAGUCGGGAUCGAGUCGAUGAGAUCCAACAUUCUCCGAGCGAAAAAUCCGACCAAUAUUCACCGAAAAACCAACAUGUAAUUAAAGAAAGUUCAUCAGCAUCUCGAAGACAUGCGCGACUCCAGGAAAACUGCCAUCCCUACAGAUCACCUAGCAACAGAAAUGUUACAACACCAAUAUCACAUCCGAACAAGAAACAGUCCAACACUAAUCCAGUAAAAGAUAAAGCAGAAUCUACUUUAAAUGAGUCGAAUAUAAAAACAGACUGGAAAACUGGCAAGGGCAAACGAAUCCGGACAAUAUUCACCCCAGACCAACUAGAAAGGAUGGAGGCAGAGUUCGAAAAACAGCAAUACAUGGUUGGCACGGAACGAUAUUAUCUGGCGUGCUCUCUCAGUCUCACGGAGGCCCAGGUGAAAGUGUGGUUUCAGAACAGACGUAUAAAAUGGAGGAAGAUGAACCUAGAAAAACAACAAGCAAAAUUGGCGUCUUUUGACUUAUUUCGAGACGUAGAUGGUGAGACAGACUCUAUCGCCAGCGAUGACGAUGAUAACCGGCCUCCGCGGUAA